CUGGUCUUUACGUCGUCCUGCUUAGGCGCGUAACGCCAAGCCUGUGCCUUUACCGCCUGCCUGUCGGGGCCCCGGCUCCCUGCGGCACUGCUCAUGCGCUGUAGCGCUGCAGAAUGGAGAACUAUAAGAAGACAAAAAUUGUGGAAAAACCUUGUCCUCUUCCUUUCACUGACCUGCCCCCUGAUAUUAUUGAAAUGAAAGUGAAGGACGGGAGCAAAAUCAGGAAUCUGAUGGGCUAUGCCAUCGGCAAGAUGGAGCUGGACUCGGUGAGGCAGAUCCUCUUCACAGGCUCGGGCAAGGCCGUCAGCAAGACCAUCACCUGUGUGGAAAUCAUGAAGCGGAGGCUCAAAGAGCUGCACCAGAUCACCAAAGUGCUCUUCAAACAGAUCGAAGAGAUCUGGGAACCCAUUGUGCCUGAGGCAGGCCUCGAUGCCUUGACAGUUAAGAGAAACAUUCCCGCCAUAUGCGUCCUGCUCAGCAAAGACGCCCUCGAUCCUCAGGAGCCGGGAUACCAGGCUCCGGGCUCUUUUGACGCCUUCUGGAUCGAGACGCUUAAAGCGGAGUCGCAGGGCCAAAUGAAGAGGAAGCAGGGUGGAGGCAGGGGAGCUGGCAGCACGGGCAAGCACCCUCGGUCCGCUGGAGGAGGGCCCGGGGAGUCCUGCGCCAAGUCCUGAGACGACAACGCCGUGUUUGGGUGUAGUUUAGGGGAGUUACGGAAACAAGCCAGCUGCUGUAGCCGGAAAGCUGCUGCUGAACACGGGGGCUUGCAGGGUUGUUAGGGAGAAGUUAGCUGCUUCAAAACGGGCGCGACCGUAGCUGCCUGAGACUGUGUUUUGACAGGUUCCCUUGCCAAAGGCUGCCGGGCUGCCCUCCCCAGCCUGCGGUUCAGGGAGGACGGGAGCCACCUCUGCUUGAGCAAGGACCGUUGGCGUCUCCUGAGAACGGCUGCCUGCUGAGCGGGG